AUGAUCAAUCCUCCGCCAGUAGCAGUACAUACUAAGGAAAUUAUAGCAGGCUCAAGCGAGAAUACUUCCUCUUUACAGAGUGGUGAUGAAGCUCGGCAGGAAUCGCGAAUAACAAAGUUACCGAGCAUGACUCGAGAAAAGAAGACAUACACGGCCAAGCGAGAACUGUGUGGGUGUGGUCGUGGUCGUGGAGAGCAUACGAUCGUCAUCGUCGUCGAAGGAGUGAAAGGAGAGAAAAAAAUGCCGACAGACGAUCCCGGCGCAGGCCCAGAACACUCCCGCCACACUUGCCUUGCCACAAUUUCUCUUCUUCGCGUUCACCGGCCUUCCUCUGUUUCUCUCUGGGUAACAAACUCUGAGCUAGACCAUUGGACCGUGUCUGCGAACGAAUUUUUGACCGUGCUGAAGCCCAAUGGGGCCCUGCGAUGGGGCCGAUCACCGGUAUUGAGUCGCUUGGAAGGGUUGCAGAUACGGUCUAUUUACGAAGAGCAGAUAACGAUACCACUGACGGAGGCCGUGUAUACCAAGCAUGUCGAGGUCGUGCACAGUGUACCGGAAGAGAGACGGACACACGAGAUUCCAGAGUUAUGUGCGGACACAAAUCGAACACUCCAUCGAGAGGCAGCAGUGAAGGAGCUAUGGCUAGUGGUGAGGGUCAACGAAGAGGAGAAGAGGUUGAAAAAAAUGGCACCGUCAGCUGAUCCCGGUUCCGAGUGGGGCCGUUUCCGGACUCCCCCGCAAUGUGAAUUUCUUUAUCGCCACAAUCAUGUCGCCACAUUGUCGCCACACCGCAUCGUCUCACAGGACCUCGUCCCACCUUCCUUUGCUCCGCCUCUCCUCCUCCAAUGUAACCACACAACCUGCAUACCGAAAGUAAAGCAGCACGCUCAAUACAUACACGAAACGCUAUACAUCACAGUCCACGGUGCCAAAGCUCGUUCGCACUUGCAAGAGAGUCGUAGAUCAAUAGGACUGUCGCGCAUCGCGCCCUCUACGCCCUCUCCGUUGUCCCCUCGAUGGACAUCAGCCCUCAUCAGCGCUGCAGAGUUUGGCAUAGACCCUCUAGUUGCCUCUAACACACCAUCUCCCGUCCUCUCAUCUUAUCUCAACGCGCAAAACGACUAUGGGGCCUCUGCCAUCACUCUACCCGGGCCGGUCAUGAUCGAUGUGGCACUGAUUGUGGCGAUGGCAAUGCUAGAGAUGCCUCGUAUCUCAGUCGGGUCGACUUUCACGAAAGCUCUUCUCAACACUAUCACUGAGGGAACUACAUCUUCUGGCUUAAAGCUACCAGCUUGUUAUCGGAAAUGA